GGUGAAAGCGCAAGGACCUUGUCACAAAAGUUCUCUCUCCCAUCAGCUUAGUGGCCGAGUGAGAGUUCGAAAAAUGUCCUGAAGUGGCUUCAGAAAAGCGAGAGCGAGAGAGGAGAGAGAGCGAGGAGAGAGAGAGAGACUUCUUCUUUUUCAUCUACCUUUCUUGCUGUUAUUGUUCUGGUUCUAUUGCACUGCGAGCUUCUGUCAAUGCGUGCUCAUACAUUCUGAGUCGCUGAGUCGAAUCGUUCACCGAGUUACUGAAAAAUGUUGGACGGGCUGCUGGGCCGUGGAUUUGCCUCCAAAUGCAAAUCGCUGAUUAAAUCGACGAAGACUCGGAUCGAUGUGAUACGGAGGAAGAGGAACGCAACGCAGAAGUUUCUGAAGAAGGAUAUCGCUGAUCUGCUCACCAAUGGCCUUGAUAUCAAUGCUUUCGGAAGGGCUGAUGGACUCACAGCGGAGUUGAUCCUUUCUUCGUGUUAUGAUUUCGUUGAGCGAUGCUGUGAUUUGGUGCUCAAGAAUCUUUCAGUUAUGCAGAAAGAAAGUGAUUGCCCUGAGGAAUGUAAGGAACCUGUAUCAUCGCUGAUGAUUGCUGCUGCAAGGUUCUCUGAUUUACCAGAGUUGCGUGACCUUAGGCAACUUUUUCAAGAGAGAUACGCAAAUUCUCUGGAGUAUUUUGUGAAUCAAAAGUUUGUUGAGAACAUAGCUUCAAAGCCUCCCACACUGGAGAAGAAGGUUCAGUUAUUGAAAGACAUAGCAGUAGAGUUCUCAAUAAAUUGGGAUUCCAAGGCCUUUGAACAGAGGAUGGCAAAACCUCCUCCUGCGUUUACACAGGACAAGCCAAAAACUUACGGGCCUUCCCAUGUUAGUGACGAUAAAAGCAAAUUGUCUACUGGGAAAUCUGCAGUCCCAAAAGAACAUAAUCUUUUACCCACAGAAAGGAGAUUUGAUCUUAAUGAUGCUCAGAAAUUACACAAGGAGAAGCUCGGUACUGUAUUGAAAAAAGAUGAUCACGUUCCUCAAACGAGGCAUAGACCCUUUGGGAUAGAACAUAAGUCUCUCGGUGCGAGGGAAGAUACUGUCAUGGAAAAAGAUGGCCAUGGAAUUUUGUUCCAGGAAAGGCAAGAAUUGGCUUCUCACAGAUAUGAAGCUUGGAAUAGAAGGGAGGAUGCUCCCCCAAAGUCAGUUAGAUCAGACAGUUCAUCUCAAGGAAAAGGACAGGAAAGGCAUCACGAGAGGGAGAACAAUGUUCCUAAAAGAGACUUCCAUGAAGCUUUACCUCGUGUACAGCCAAGUGUUGCUGGACCUCAUGUGAAAAGCAACGGGCAAGGCUUAUUUGCUGGUGACAAUUAUGGUGGCAAACAAAAUGACGCAAAAUUAGGAAUUAAAGAAGAAGAGAUGCCUAAGUUGAAGCCCCCCUACAAUUAUGGGGUCCCUCCUCCGUAUGUGAAACCAAAUGCCAAAGCAAAAGAUAGAAAACAUGAAGUCAAGGAUGGUUCUGGCAGCAAGCGCAUCACUAAGGAUCCUGUAGCGUAUAACAUAGCCUUUGUUGACAAUAUACUCAGAGGGGUAAGCGUAGGAUCUGAUGAUGAGGAUGAGAAGCCUGCUGCUACAAAAGUUAAUAGUCAUGAUCAUGAGAAGGAUCGUGCUCAUCGGGAUGAUGCAUCUAGCAACCACAUACCAAAACCAAGAUCUUCUAGGAGGAGACACUCAAGAUCACGGUCCUCUCACAAUGAUGCUGGAAACAGUGAAGAGACAGAAGUUGCAAUCAGAAAAACAAGAAGCAGGAGAAAGGAUGAGUCACGACGAGGUCUACAACUGUUGUUUGAUGACGAGCACUAUAAGAAGGAUGAAGAAGAGAGGAGAAUGGACGAGCUUCUGAUUCAUUACAGUAAAAAGCCAUCUAACUUGGACUCAGAAUUGUCAAGAAGAAAGUCGAGAAGUCGUCACGCACAGCAUGCAGGCACUGGUGUUGGUGAAUCCCCAAGACACGCAAGCAGAGAUGAGUCGGAAAUGGUUCCAACAGCAGUAAGAUCAGUUUCCCUUCCUCAUGAACAUAGCGGUCCAUCAGAGGCACCCAAAGUAUUUGCUCGUGCGGCUUCGUUUCAACCCGACAGGUCCAAUCCAGCUAAGCAUGUGCAUCCCAAGCUCCCAGACUACGAAGAUUUGGCCGCCCAAUUUGCAGCCCUAAGAGGAAUGUAAAGGGUAAAAGCAAGAAUCUUAACUGUAUGAGCUCGAUGGCGACCAUUGUUUCCGGUAGUUGAGUGGCACAGUGGCUUCCGACGGUUGGUCUUUUUUACCUCACACUGCGUCUAAUAAAUCAUAUAUUACCGAAAUUUCAAAUCAUUGGAGUCAUCAUUGUAGAAUUUGUUAUAGUGUCUUGAGUUUCAAUGGAUAAUUGAGUUUGAGAAUUGAGAAUGCUUCUUGUUGA